GAAGAAGAAGAAGAAGAAGAAGAAGAAGAAGAAGAAGAAAAAGAACAGGUGAUUCAAGAGGAGAAAAAAGGAUAAGAGGAGCACAUUGUUUGUUGUAUCCCGGGAUCAAGCCCUUAGCUGACAAUGGAGAACACAUGAGAAGAGAUUUCUGCGGGGAAACUGCGGGGGGGAAAAUGCUGCUGAGUAAAGUUUGUGGAUAUUUCUAAAGGGAAUUCUUAGCUCUUGAACUUUGGGGGGAAAUUGCACAGGAUCGUUGCAAGGAGAAAAAGCCUGCAGGCGGGACAUUGGACAGACAGGCUCUCCUAGCAGCAUGGCAGCGACCAACCCUUCCUCUUGCCACCUUUUCCUCUUCUUCCUCCUCUCCUUUCUUAUAACUCAGCGUGUCCUCACCCAGGACCCAUCCGCCACUACGGUAACGGUAACCGACGGUGACCCGUUCAACAUCCCCACCACGUUGGCCAACCAGACGACUCCCGGCUAUGCCGAGAGCACUCAGAACACUCCUCUAGAGACAGGGCUGUCCACUCCCACCAGCGGUGGAGAUGCGGAUGACGAAGACGUCCUUCCUGCCGGCGGGACACGUUGCCAGGGUUACUACGACGUGAUGGGCCAAUGGGACCCGCCGUUCAACUGCAACGCCGGUGUCUUUCUGUACUGCUGCGGUACCUGCUUCUACCGCUUCUGCUGCCAGUUCCGGCAGCAGCGGCUGGACCAGAGCAUCUGCUCCAACUACAACACGCCCAUCUGGGCCAACACCGGCAAACCCGUGGCCACCAUCACCGAGGGCCAGGACGACCAGGAGAGGGACCGAACACACCUCAUCGUCUACAUUAUCUGCGGCGUGGUGGCCAUCAUGGUCCUGGUGGGCAUCUUCACCAAACUGGGCCUGGAGAAGAGCCGCGGAGGAAGUGCAGGAAGCGGAGCGGGGAUGGGGAACUCUGACCUCAACUCCAGGACACUGACAGACGUGCUGAAGGGAGGUGAGGUGAUCUCGGUGGAAAACGAUGCGGCCAAUUCGCCCAGCGGAGGAAGAGCUAACGGCGUUUCAGCCAGGAUGCUGCGCAGCAGGAGUGAACAGUACCAUCUGAAUAACUCGGCUUACGGGCCGUUUGGCCAAGGGCUGCCACACCCGCAGAGCAACCACAGCACAGUAGGACUCAACAAGUAUACCUCCCUCAAAGCUGUGGCGCACAGCGCGUCUCGUAGCUACUACAAGAGUUUCCCGCUCAUGGACUUCUCCCAGUACCAACCUGUGGUACCUCCUGCCUUCCAGCCUGUGCCUGUUCCGCCCAAAGAGAAGUCAUACGUCCACCAGCCAGUGUCGGCGCACCAUGAUCUCCAUGCCCCCCUCUCCAUCUCCAUCCCCUCUAACCACCUGGAGAACUCGCGCCUCCCCAAGACCACCACUCACCCGUCUCUCUCCAGCUCGGCCUUCAAAGCCUGGGAGCCAACGGGCCGCCACGUCCACCGACAGGCCUCUGCCCCGGGGCACGCCUCCUCCUCCAUGCACAACUCUACACGGAGACACGCCUACUCGACCAGGAGGCAUGAGAGCAUAGAGAACCUGCCGGAUCUCUUUAGCCAGCCCUAUGGAGGGAUGUACGGAGGAGCUGUAGGGGGGGCAGGGCAGGGGCAGCAUGUACAGGGGCAACACCCAUCUCAACCCUCCUACUACCACUCCAAUAGGCAGAAGAGUUACUCCACUCACAGUACAACUGAGGUGACCGUCUGAGCGGCAAGGCUUUAGAGAGCAGCGUGCUGAAAUGUCUCACACUAAAAAAAAACGUUGGUCUUAGCUUAAUGCCAGUUUGGGACAGGUAGCCCAACAGGUGAGGGAUAAUAAACAGGUAGACACAUUCAGAUUUCAAGAUGAAAAGGGGGGGUUUGAUAAGUGGAAACAGUGAGAUUCAGGAGAUAAGCAGCAUUGCAAAACCACCACUCUUACAGAUAAUGCACUCAGCUUGUAAAGGUUAUUAUUGGACUCCAGCAAGGUUAUUGUACAUUGCUCAUAUAAAGUAUAUAGACUGUGGCUGAAAGGAAAUCAACCAGUCUCAGACUCCUAUACUGUAGGUCCUACAGAAUAUUACAGGUUUUAUACAUUCUCAACGAGUACAGCUUUUGUGGUUUCAUUGUGGUUGUACAGAUCUUAUAAGAAUAGGGAUAGGAGAACUGAACAACUCUUACAUGUACCAGCUCUUGGGGAUCAAGCUUGAUUGUGUCUGUGAAAGGUUUUGACAUGAUGGCUUCCUGUCAGAUUUAGCAGGAAUGAACAGAGCAUUUGUGGUAACUCCAAUUACAACAGUAGAUAAUCGGUACAUGUUGCUACAAAAUAGUAACCUGGCUCAUGGUUAGAUUUGGUUGUUAAAAACAUUCCACAAUAAACUGUAUCCAUUGGCCAUACUUCCUUAUGUUUUCAAUUAAAAACAGCCAUUCAGUGCUAUCAUCUAUUUUAAUGUAAUCCAUUUCUGUGGUUCAUCUACAGAAUUUAGACCUCAGGAAACAUUCAAUUAAUUCAGUUAAUUUGGAGGAACACUGGAGAUCCUUUACGUUCAUUGGCCACCAGUAGAACUUGCAAAAAAAUUUAAACAAAUAAUGUUCUUUUAAACCGAUACCACUGUCAAAUCUGUACGCUAAAUACGAAACUUCUGUCA